GUCAUCUCAGUUUUCAUGUUUUGGUCCUUUAGAGGUUAUGUAAUUGAUUAUUUAUAUUUUUUGAAGAUUUAUGUUUUAAAUAAUUUUUAAUUGUUACUGUCGUAAUAUAUAAUUUAAUUAAUCUCGGAAUUUUUUUUUGCAAAAUUUGUUUAAUCAGCCUUGGUGGAGAUUUGCUUCUGUCAAUAUUGUGAGAGCAUGCGUUUGGAACCCCUUUGAUAAAACAAGGUUUCUCCAACAAUGGAAUCAAAGUACGGAAAUUUUAAUGGAAAACUAUCAAAUAUGAACUCUCCAAUGAAAAGACCAUCUUCGGAAAUAACAAUAAACAUACAUACAAAGAGGUUUAAUGAUGGAAAGAUGCAAGAGAAUAAUUCAGCUUUACUAUUAGAACAACGUAAAUCGCUUCCAGUAUACAAAGUAAGGAAAAGGAUAUUGGAAGAAAUCAACAAGCAUCCUACACUAAUCGUAAUAGGUGAAACAGGCAGUGGCAAAACCACUCAAAUUCCCCACUUCAUACAUAAUGCUCAGCUAGCAGGGAACAAGAUGAUAAGUAUAACUCAACCCCGUAGAGUAGCAGCUGUAACGAUCGCCCAACGUGUGGCCCAAGAAAUGCACUGCACUAUGGGCAGCACAGUGGGCUAUUGUGUGAGGUUCGAGGACACCACUACGUCUCAAACCAAACUCAAGUUCAUGACGGACGGAAUGCUCCUCAGAGAAGCGAUGCUGGAUGAACACCUCAAAUCCUACAGUGUGAUAAUUUUAGAUGAAGCUCAUGAAAGAACGGUGAAUACUGAUGUACUGUUUGGAAUUGUGAAAAAAGCACAGGCCUACAGAGCUGAACAUCGAUCGCUGGCUCCAUUGAAGGUAAUUGUGAUGUCAGCAACAAUGGAUGUCGAUCAUUUCAGUAAUUAUUUCAACAAGGCUCCAAUUUUGUACUUGGAGGGACGGCAGUACACCGUUGACAUAUACCACGCCUUAAAACCGCAAGAUGAUUACUGCUUUGCCUGUUUGGUGACAAUAUUCCAAAUUCACAAAGAGGCUCCUGCUAGUGAAGACAUACUGGUAUUCUUGACUGGCCAAGAAGAAAUUGAAUCUAUGUGCAGUACAAUAAGAGCAAUUCUCAAAGAUCCGCAGUGCAAAGGGCCACCGAUGAAAGUGUGUGUUUUGUACUCGACUCUGAAUCCCAACAAACAGCUGGAGGUGUUCAAUGCGACGGCAGUCGGCACCAGGAAAGUGAUACUGAGCACGAACAUUGCUGAGACGUCAGUCACCAUUUCCGGCGUCAAACACGUUGUCGACAGCGGAAUGGUCAAGGCUAGGUUGUACAAGCCAAGCACCGGCCUCAACAUGUUGAGAGUGCAGAGCAUCUCGCAAGCGCAGGCGUGGCAGCGCGCCGGAAGGGCCGGCCGGCAGAGCGAUGGCGCCUGCUACAGAGUCUACACUAAACUUGAAUUCGAUGGAAUGAUGAAAAAUACAAUACCUGAAAUUCAAAGAUGUGGACUGUCGGGUGUUGUCCUGCAGCUACUCGCUAUUGGAAUCGACCCAGUGGAAUUCGAUCUUCUCGACAAGCCUCCCAAAGAGUCGAUUGUUGAAGCAAUCAGUCUCCUACAGCAGUUGGGCGCAGUCGACAAAAACUCGCUAACUCCAGCUCUGACUGAUCUGGGAAAGAAAAUGGCGCAAUUCCCGUUGGAUCCACGUUUCGCCAAAGUUAUAAUCUCCGCCUGUGAUUUUGAUUGUCUGGAGGAAGUACUUAGUGUGGUAGCUAUUCUUUCUGUGGAUACAAUUUAUGUGACGGGAGGCUCGAAUAGAGAAGCAGUGGCAGAAGCAAGACGCAAGUUCAUGUCCCCCACUGGAGAUCUCAUCACAUACCUUAACAUCUACAGAUGCUAUGCGAAUACGAAAAACAGAAAGAAAUGGUGUUUCGAAAACUACUUGAACUUCUGGAAUUUAGAUUAUGCCUACGAGGUUAGGUCACAGCUGAAAGACUUGUGUGAAAGCAACAAUCUGCGCAUCUCAUCAAGUGGCUCAAACCAUAGCAAAGUUAUUAUGGCCUUUCUCACCGGUCUUUUCAUGAACACUGCCGAAUUGCAACAGAAUAAACAGUACAUCACUGUGGCGACGAGACAGCUGGCAUCGAUUCACCCGUCGUCGGCCAUGUUCGGCUCACUGCCGGCGUGUGUGUUGUACACGGAGCUGGUGCAGACCAACAAGUGCUACCUGCGCUGUGUGUCGCACAUCGACCCCGGCUGGCUGCUGCAGGUCAUGCCCACCUACGCGCACCUCGCCAAGGCCAACACCAACACCAACCACUUCAGCUAGUUCCAACUCACCCACAAAUCUGUCAAUUAUUACAGUAUCCUUCUGUUGGAACACAUUUUCAAACAUUGUUGUGUAACUUAUCCAAGUAACAGAUACCUGGUCAAAGUUGUGCAACUUGUUGCCAGUGCAUGUUGUAAAGAGUAUUCAAGUCACCCAUAGCUGAGAAAAGUUUUGUUUGAGUAACGUUUUGUUAUACAUUUUUCUGAGUAAACUUCUGAAACAUUUUUUUUAUUGUGGAAACUGAAAUAAUUUGAUUGCGGAUGAGGCAUGCACAAGUUGUUUGCUUGUGAGUGCUGAUUGAUGAGUUUGCUUUCUGAGAUUGCUUCCUGGGAAUUAGAAUCAAAAACAGACUCAAAUGGAGGGACCAUCUGGACUUUCCUCAUUAAAAAAUACUGAGGAAUGUGGUAGGUACAAAAAAAUUGUUGAGAGUUUUCCAUGGCUAUCAGAUGUUGAUAAUUCAAUACAGUGUAAUGCUUUAUGAUGUCACCACGACAUUCUGUCACCAUUUGAACGCCCAGGUGACAGUUUGUCGUCACCGUACAUGACAAAGUGUAACCUCACUUCUUGCUCGCUUUAUGAUGUCACCACGACAAAUUGUCACCUUUUGAACGCCCAGGUGACAGUUUGUCGUCACCGUAAACGACAAAGUGCCACCUAGCUCGCUCGCGUCAAAGGUAUCACCUCUUUAAAAUGGUGACAGCUUGUCGGCGUCAUCCUAUGACCUUCAAAACCGGUCUCAAGAAGUUUGAGAUGAAAUUAGAUAUUGAAGUAGUUUUGACAAAUAUAUGUUGAAUCUUCAAGCUUUGUACUCAUUGUCGAUAAAUAUAUGAGUAUAUUCAUUUAAUGGUCGUUAAGAUGGCCAUUGAUGAGCGUUGAACAAGCCUACACUACACCCAGAAUGUUCUAUGAUUGGCUGAGAAACAGCUGUUGUAGAAUUAGCCAAUUGGAGAACAUUCUAGGUUCGUGUCGGCUUGUUGAACGUUCGUCAGUGGUCAUCUUAAAGCUGCGUACAGAUAUACGCGCCUCCAACCCGCUCCGCGCUGGCUCCGCCCUCUUUCCUCCAUCGCUCCGCCCCCGCUCUGCAGUCGCACCGAUCAUGAACGUUACGGAAGAUGUUAGCUCUUCUCGCGUUCCACUCUUGCUCCCCGGUCGAUCAUCAAUCGAUCUGCUCGAGUGACGUUUGGUUGCGGAGCAGAGCGAAAGUCUGUACGCACCUUAAGGUUAUGAUAGAGGAAUCGGCUUUGGUUGGGAUAGUAAGGCAUCUUGGAAAAACCGACAUCUCAGAUUUGACGUAAUGGAAUCGGGAAUAGUAAGUUUUGUACGUAAACUCUACCAGGAUUGAAUUUUCUAGACAAAUGUAAGUUUUACUCUAGUCUUCUUCAAAUUGUGGAUGUGAUUGAAUACAAUGUGUUUGUUAACAAAUGACCGGGACAAGUUGCAUAAUUUACCCAGGUAAUGUUCCAUUUUACAAUUUGGAAACAGCUCAACACAUUUGGUGGUGAUACAGAGUUGCCGUUAUGGAGACCGGGGUUAAGAAGAGUGUUUCACCUACGAUGUACAAUAAUAAUAAUAUUUGUAAAGUUUUUAUUGGUGGAGAGUUCCUGACGGCAGUUCCACCUCGUCAGAUAUACUGUAUAAUAUAAUACAUUUAUGUAUUUGAUCCGUCAAUGGACCUUACGACUGCUAGGGUUUACAAUGCGUACUGGUUUCAGGACAACUGGUAUUUUUACGUUCGCCUAAACUUUUCUUAAAAAUAAUUGUAGAAUAUGUGAGUUUCAUGUUCGAUAUGAAGAACCUCACUUUACUACAUCAAAAGACUGUAUAGGUAUUACGUUUUUGUUGGUAAAGUGGAGACCACAAUUUCUUUUCAAAAGUGAAGUGUUUUUUUUUUUGUAUAAUCAAAUUUGUUGUAUCUAUUAUUGAUUUAUAAAUAUUAUACAUUAUUAUUAAUAAUUAUUAUAUUAUGAGGACUGUCACCGUUUUCAAUGUGAAAAAUGCUUGAAAAUUCGAAUUUUGACCUCAAGACUGUGUAGUUACUUUUUCUAUGUGUAGAAUUCUAUUCAUGUUUUUGAAAAGUGAACUUUAAUAAUAAAUUGAAUAAAUGUAAAAGUAAUUUUUAUAUUUUAGGUAAAAGUUCAAUAUAACUUGAGAUUUGGUGUA